AUGGCAACUGCAUCUCUGACCCUUGCGGUGCCCGGCGUUUGUAUACGCCGCUGGUUCAGCUGGCAUGAGCCCAACACAACGAAGGAGGAAAAGUGGCUAAUUUUCAAACUUGAUUUUUUCAUCUUGCUUUAUACCUGUUUAACGUCGUUUGUGAAAUACCUGGUGCUUAUCAAUACGUCCCAUUGCUCAGCAGUCGUAAAUGCAGGGGGAAACGAAUUGAAUUGGUUCACCACUUUUUUCAAUAUCGGGAUCAUCAUCGGUGCCCCAUUCUUCACUGCGGGUCUUACAGUCAUUCAUCCUCGUUAUUGGCUACCAACAUGUACCUUGAUCUGGUCAUUAUUGGUCUUGUUCAUGUACAAGGCAGAAUCUGUCAAUACCAUCUAUAUAUUGCGGUUCUUUGCUGGUUUCUUUGAGUCUGGCGCCAUGCCUGGUGCUUUUUAUAUUAUUGGAAGCUGGUAUCGGCUCUCAGAGAUCUAUCGGCGUUCUACAAUCUUCAUGUUCUCCUCAGCUGGUGGCCAGAUGUUUUCGGGAUACAUCCAAUCAGGCCUAUAUCGUAAUAUGAACAAUCGCCUAGGUUUAGCUGCUUGGCGCUGGGUUUUCAUAUUUGACUGCCUCAUUGGUAUCCCUAUUGCAGUGUUUGGGCUCUUGUGUUGUCCUGAUGAACCAAAAUCUCCAAGGAUGUGGUGGAUGACCGAAAACGAGCGCCAAAUGAGCAUUGAGCGUCUUGCAGAUGAGCAUCGCGAUGCCAUCAGAGCCACAUGGGAUCUCCACAGCGUUAAGAGAGUCUUAUCUUCCUGGCAGCUCUAUUCAUUUUGCAUUGCCUGGGGGGCUAUGGAAUGCACCGGCGGGGUGAACUUACAGCGAUGGAUGGCCUUGUAUCUCAAAUCGCUCAAUGCUAAUGGGUACCAUAAGUACAGCAUCGAGGACAUUAAUAACCUGCCCACUGUUGAAUUGGCCUGGAUGCUUCUCAGCGCCCUUGUAGUAGACCGGACGCAUAACCCUUCUCUAGGUCUCUUUGGACUCGGUGUUGUUCAAUUAUUUUCUUACAUUGUGUUCCUAGUGUGGUCGAGCAACAACAGUCUCAUGAUGGCGGCCUACUACCUCUGCAGUGCAUAUGGUGCAAUGGGACCUCUGAUAAGCGCUUGGUUAAAUUCGAGCUGUGGCGGUGACAAACAGCUUCGUGCUCUAACGACUUCUCUCAUGAUGUCGCUUGGAUAUGCCGUUGGAACUGUCUCUCAACAAUUUAUGUUCCCUACUUCAGAGGCCCCACGAUUCCAGAGGACCCAUGGAUACGCGUUCGGGGUCGCAUGGGUCAUUGUCUUGAUUUUGUGGCUAUGUAUUGUCUUGCCACUUAUCGAGCGGCACUUUAACAGGCCGUGCUUAGCUGCCACAAAGCCCCUCCAUGGACGGGUGGGCGAGUAUCAGAAAAUCCGCAGAAGCUUCAGCAAAUACUAUGCCAUUAUCCUAUUGAUUUAA